AAGAGAGCUCCUUUGGUCAUUGUUGAAGGUUUUCUCCCACAAAUUUUUCUUCCUUUCUCUUGUUUUGAUUGCUCAUAAUAUAGGGUUCUGUUUUUCUAUGCAAAAUUUUGGGAUCUGUUUUUUUUUUUUUUUCUUUCUGCUUUUUUUUUUUAUUUAUUUUCCCUCCUUCUCUCCUGAGAAAGACAGGUCUGGUCCUAGGGUUUGAGCCUUUUGACUCUUCCCUUCUCUUUCUUCUUGGAUUCCUUCUUCCUUGUGGUUUUCUUUCUCGUACUUUUGUUCGUUGAAAUUGUGCUCUUUUACUUUCUCCUUCUUCUCCCGUCAAUUUCGUUUUCCUCACUCCUUUUGUUUAAGCGCUAAUUUUAUUUUUAAUUUCUGGGUUCCCUAAAAGUUUCCGUUUUUGGAUUCUCGCUUGAUCUUCUUCUUCAAGAUCUUCUUCUAAUUCGUCACUUCUAGGGUUUGGUUUAUAAUGGGCUAGAAACAAAACCCUUUUUCUUGUUUCUUUUGCCGAACCUCCAAGCGAAAACUGCCUCUGGUUUUUUGAAAAAUUUAUUAUCUAAUGCAUUUCUCUCUCUGGAAGCAAAUUCACCACUGUGCUACUCUGAUCUUAGACAAGAGUAAGAGCAGGAGAAGAAGAGAUGAGUCCGAUUCGUCUGUCAAUGUCAGGAAAAAAGCUGCAAUGCUUCGGAAAUUGUACGAAGAUAAGCUAAGGGAAGCUCUAGAAGAAGCCUCCGAGAAUGGGUCACUCUUCAAAUCCCAAGACAUGGACCAAGAGAAUCAAGACGGAACCUUGGGCCGCUCCAGAUCCUUAGCUAGACUCCACGCGCAGCGUGAGUUCCUACGCUCCACCGCUUUAGCAGCCGAACGCAUAAUCGAAUCAGAAGACACCAUUCCUGAGCUCCGUGAAGCUCUCAGCAAGUUCCUUAGCAUGUACCCAAAGUACCAAGCUUCUGAGAAAAUCGAUCAGCUAAGAUCCGAUGAGUAUAGCCAUCUAUCAGGUUCCAAGGUAUGCCUUGAUUACUGUGGAUUUGGUCUCUUCUCUUAUGUUCAAACUCUGCACUAUUGGGAUUCUUGCACGUUUAGUCUCUCCGAGAUCACUGCGAAUUUGAGUAACCACGCGCUUUACGGUGGAGCAGAGAGUGGAACCGUGGAACAUGAUAUCAAAACUAGGAUCAUGGACUAUUUGAACAUCCCUGAGAAUGAGUAUGGUCUUGUUUUCACAGUAAGCAGAGGCUCAGCUUUCAGGUUGCUAGCGGAAUCUUAUCCUUUCCAUUCGAACAAGCGGCUUUUGACCAUGUUUGACCACGAGAGCCAGUCAGUGAAUUGGAUGGCGCAGACCGCUAGGGAGAAAGGCGCAAAGGCUUACAACGCUUGGUUCAAGUGGCCUACUCUGAAGCUUUGUUCGACUGAUUUGAAGAAACGGUUGUCUUACAAGAAGAGGAAGAAGAAAGAUUCUGCGGUCGGGUUGUUUGUGUUUCCUGCGCAAUCUCGAGUUACAGGUACCAAGUAUUCUUACCAGUGGAUGGCUUUAGCUCAGCAGAACCAUUGGCAUGUGUUGCUUGAUGCUGGUUCUUUAGGUCCUAAAGAUAUGGAUUCGCUCGGCUUGUCAUUGUUCCGGCCUGAGUUCAUCAUCACUUCGUUCUACAGGGUGUUUGGACAUGACCCGACAGGAUUUGGUUGCCUGUUGAUUAAGAAAUCAGUCAUGGGGAGUCUUCAGAGUCAGUCCGGGAAAACUGGAUCAGGAAUAGUAAAGAUCACGCCUCAGUAUCCUUUAUAUCUCAGCGAUUCAGUUGAUGGUCUUGACGGAUUGGUUGGUUUUGAAGAUGAGGAUGAGGAGAAAAGCAAAGAAGCUCAUCGUCCUGCAACUCAGAUGCCGGCUUUCUCUGGGGCAUACACUUCAGCACAAGUGAGGGAUGUGUUUGAAACAGACCUCUUAGAAGAUAACAUUUCUUCUGAUAGAGAUGGGACUACGAGCACCACGAUUUUUGAAGAGACCGAAAGUGUUUCGGUUGGAGAAUUGAUGAAAAGCCCUGUUUUUAGUGAAGAUGAGUCAUCUGACAAUUCGUUUUGGAUUGAUUUGGGUCAAAGUCCUCUUGGAUCUGAUCAGCAUAACAAGAUUGCGUCUCCUUUGCCACCGGUUUGGUUUACCAACAAGAGAAACCAGAAACAACGACACUCGCCUAAACCAAUACCGAACAGUUACAGCAGCCCCAUGUAUGAUGGUAAAGAUGUCCUCUCGUUUGAUGCUGCUGUUAUGUCAGUUACAGAGCACGGGUCAAACACGACUCCGUCGAGGAAUAGGAGGAGUUCUAGUAACAAUCUCCAUGUUCAAGAGAUACAGGAAGAAAACUUUGGUCGUAGCUUGGCAAAUGGCUCAACAAUUUCAUCAGAAAUCAAAGAGAGCGCCAUUAGACGAGAGACAGAAAGAGAGUUCCGGUUAUUGGGAGGGAGAGAUGGUGGUAGAAGCAGGGUACUGGAUGUGGAGGAUGAGCAUCCGAGUAAAGGACGACGGGUUUCGUUUAACACGGAGCGUGUUAGUCAUAGCAUAGUGGAGCCUGGUGAAGCUUCCCUAGCUAGCGUUUAUGAUGAAGAGUAUAAUAACACGAGCGAUGUUGAAAAUGGAGAUGAUGAAGGUGCAGAUGAUGAAUGGGAUAGGAGAGAAAGCGAAACAGAGAUUGUAUGCAGACAUAUCGAUCAUGUGAAUAUGUUAGGUCUUAACAGAACCACGACAAGACUCAGGUUUCUGAUUAACUGGCUUGUGAUCUCGUUACUGCAACUACAAGUGCCUGAAUCAGGAGGCAGACACAUGAAUCUUGUGCAGAUUUAUGGACCAAAGAUCAAAUACGAAAGAGGAGCAGCGGUUGCAUUCAAUGUUAGAGAUAAAAGCAAAGGUUUCGUUAGUCCGGAAAUUGUUCAGAGACUCGGUGAAAGAGAAGGUAUAUCUCUCGGCAUUGGUAUAUUGAGUCACAUACGCAUAGUGGAUGAUAAACCGAGAAACCAUAGAGCCCGGACUAAAGAAGACAGUGCGUUACACUUGCAGAAUGAAGUCGGGAAAAACGGGUUUAUAAGAUUUGAGGUUGUUACAGCUUCUCUUAGCUUCUUGACAAACUUUGAAGAUGUUUACAAGCUUUGGGCUUUUGUUGCCAAGUUCCUAAACCCUGGUUUCAGCAGAGAAGGCUCGCUUCCUACUGUAGAAGAAGAAGAAGCAGAGGACUUAGAGACGUGAGAGUUCAUAGUAGAAAAGCACAAAGCCAUAACUUUUGCUUGUUUUUUUUUUUUUUUUUUGGGGUGAGAAAGUUUCUAAAAUAUAGCAUUUGUUUUAAGUUCCUACAAAACUGGUUCAGAUCAAUAUAUACAUU